CCAUCUUCGAUUCGGCGCCAAAAUUUGUGGACAUUUGACGACACCACAAGUUGAAACAGCCAUGGCGACACCACGACAGCAGGAAAGAUGGGAGCGGGCACCGUUCUCGCUGCUUGAUUAUGUGCACUACGCCUACUUUGGCUUGCACAUUCCCAUCAGCUUGUUGAUGGACUUCCAGGCCAUCGUCCCCCUCAAGUACUUCCCCUCCUUUGCGCAGCGCCUUGGCACCUAUUACAACAACGAGUACAAGGACCCUCUCAUGGCCGCUGAUCCAAAGCCAACGUGGUUCAAGUCCUUCAUCUGGUGUGAGGCCGGACUGCAGCUGCCUUUCUUUGGCCUCGCCCUCUACGCAAUGCACACGGGCGGGUCCUGGAUCCGCAUCCCGGGCAUCAUCUACGGCACCCACGUCGCCACCACCGUCGUUGCCGUCCUUGCCGAGGUUCUCUGCGGUGAAUACGGAUUGUCAUGGAAGGACAAGGCGUGGCUCGCCAGCGUGUACUUGCCAUGGCUCGUCAUUCCGCUGACAUAUGUGUGGAAGCUGGCCUUUGAUCCGCAUCCAUACCGAAAGCUCAAGCAGGACUGAGCCCUGGUCCCGCGCGAGAUGGAUUCCCAACAGCGCGCUGCUGCUAAUGCCUGCUGUCGUUUUGUUCUUGCGCCUGCACCCUGCAGCCGAAACCUCAGCCGAAACCGCAGCUGUAGCUGCAGCAUGUCCCUUCUCGACUCUGCAUUAUGUCACUUCCCACCUUCGCUUGCGCCCAAACGUAUCCCUUGUGUCGUUUCAACGCACUUCUAAUGAGCAGUUACCAGCCAAGAAAGCUACAAAAAGGCA